AUGGAGACAAUCAAAAACACCGUCAAAGAGGCCACCGGCAGCAAGGGCCAAUUCGAGCAGGGCUUCCUCCCGCCAGUCUCACACCAAGACCCUCCUGGCAGAGAGAGUGACUUGCCUGUCGAGGCCAUUCACGACAAGCUCCCCGCUGCAAAUGGCGGAUGGGAGCCAUACAAGGCGGCCGGAAAGCUGCAGGGCAAGAAGGCUCUCAUCACGGGGGGAGACAGUGGCAUCGGACGGGCCAUCGCCAUUCUGUAUGCCAUGGAGGGUGCGGACAGCUUCAUUGUCUACUUGCCCGAAGAAGAAGAGGACGCCCAAGAGACCAAACGCCGGGUUGAGAAGCUCGGGCGGACGUGUCACCUCUUUGCCACCGACCUCAGGCGGGCUGAGAACUGUCAGAAAGUCGUCGAUGCCGCGUUGCAGGCCAUGGGCAGAGUCAACAUCUUGGUCAACAACGCCGCGUACCAGAUGAUGCAGAUGGACAUCACAGAUAUUCCCAUUGAGCAAUGGCACAAGACCUUCGAGACCAAUAUCCACCCGUAUUUCUACCUGGCCAAAUUCCUUAUCCCACACAUGAAGCGCGGCGACAUCAUAAUUAACAAUGCCUCAAUCAAUGCCUACAUCGCAAUCGUCGCGUUUACACGCGGCUUGGCAAACCAGCAGAUGAGCAAGGGCAUCCGAGUCAACGCCGUCUGUCCCGGCCCCGUAUGGACGCCUCUCAUCCCGAGUACCAUGAAUGAAGACGCGCAGAAGCAGUUCACCUCGCCUUUGGGCCGCCCCGCACAGCCCAGCGAAAUCGCCACGUGCUUUGUGUUCUUGGCCAGCGCGGACAGCAGCAUGAUCAGUGGGCAGAGCUUGCACCCGAACGGCGGAGUGAUUGUGAACGGAUGA